CCUAGUUCGCCCUGCGUGUCUCGUCUUUUCCGGUCUCAGUCCGGCGUGGCAGCACGGACAGGCUACCCUAGGUCUUUCAGACCCUAUCUGUUAUGAGGGCGCCCUGCCUCUUCUUCCGGCCACAGCCUGUCAUGGCGGCGCUUUGAGUAGCCACUUCAGGAGCCAACCUGCACUGUUGCCCUGGCUCUUCCUAGGCCCGGCUCCCAUGGUAGCGCUCAGGGUUUACCGGAAGUAAAACAUCGGAAGUGAGGCGUGUCUCUGCCCGGAAGCGAGCUCGGCGCUGGGAAAGAUGGCGGCGGCAGCGGGCACUGUCGGCAACGCGGAGCCUUACGAGGCCCGGCCUUUCGGGCUACGGCACGGGAGGCAGCCCAAACCCGGGUCGCAACCGUGCGCGCCCCUUGCCGCAGGGCCGGCGCUUAUAGCGAGCGGCGACGAACUGGUCGCCGCAGUGUGGCCGUACCGGCGGCUGGCGCUGCUGCGGCGCCUCACGGUGCUGCCAUUCGCGGGGCUACUCUACCCAGCCUGGGUAGGUGCCGCGGCUGCCGGCUGCUGGGGCUGGGGCAGCAGCUGGGCGCAGAUCCCCGAGGCCGCGCUACUCGUGCUCGCCGCCAUCUGUCUCGCGCACGCGCUCACUGUCCUUUCGGGACAUUGGUCCGUGCACGCUUACUGCGCGCUCACCUGUACCCCGGAGUAUGACCCCAGCAAAGCGACCUUUGUGAAGGUGGUACCAACCCCCAACAAUGGCUCCACCGAACUCGUGGCCCUGUACCGUGACAAGGGCGAAGACGGGCUUGAGGUGCUGUCCUUUGAAUUCCAGAAGAUUAAGUAUUCCUACGAUGGCCUGGAGAAGAAGCAGUUCCUCCCUGUGGCCUUUCCGGUGGGAAAUGCCUUCUCAUACUAUCAGGGCAACAGAGGGUUCCAGGAAGACUCAGAGAUCCGAGCAGCUGAGAAGAAAUUUGGGAGCAACAAGGCCGAGAUGGUGGUGCCUGACUUCUCAGAGCUUUUCAAGGAGAGAGCCACAGCCCCGUUCUUCGUGUUUCAGGUGUUCUGUGUGGGACUCUGGUGCCUGGACGAGUACUGGUACUACAGCGUCUUCACGCUGUCCAUGCUGGUGGCGUUUGAAGCCUCCCUGGUGCAGCAGCAGAUGCGGAACAUGUCGGAGAUCCGGAAGAUGGGCAACAAGCCCCACAUGAUCCAGGUCUACCGAAGCCGCAAGUGGAGGCCCAUCGCCAGCGACGAGAUUGUUCCCGGGGACAUCGUCUCCAUUGGUGAGGCCCAGUUCCACUCCAUCCAGGUGGGAGCCCUGCCUCCGGGCCUCUGGCCAACCCUCCUGCCCUGCCCUGCAGGCCGCUCCCCGCAGGAGAACCUGGUGCCCUGCGACGUGCUGCUGCUAAGGGGCCGCUGCAUUGUGGAUGAGGCCAUGCUCACCGGGGAGUCGGUGCCGCAGAUGAAGGAGCCAAUCGAAGACCUCAGCCCAGACCGGGUGCUGGACCUCCAGACUGACUCCCGGCUCCACGUCAUCUUUGGGGGCACUAAAGUGGUACAGCACAUCCCCCCACAGAAAGCCACCGCAGGCCUGAAGCCGGUCGACAACGGGUGUGUGGCCUACGUCCUGCGGACUGGAUUCAACACGUCCCAGGGCAAGCUGCUGCGCACGAUCCUCUUUGGGGUCAAGCGGGUGACCGCAAACAACCUGGAGACCUUCAUCUUCAUCCUCUUCCUCCUGGUGUUUGCCAUCGCUGCUGCCGCCUACGUGUGGAUUGAAGGCACCAGGGACCCCAGCCGGAACCGCUACAAGCUGUUUCUGGAGUGCACCCUCAUCCUCACCUCGGUCGUGCCCCCUGAGCUGCCCAUCGAGCUGUCCCUGGCCGUCAACACCUCCCUCAUCGCCCUGGCCAAGCUCUACAUGUACUGUACGGAGCCCUUCCGCAUCCCCUUUGCUGGGAAGGUCGAGGUGUGCUGCUUUGACAAGACGGGAACCUUGACCAGUGACAGCUUGGUGGUACGCGGCGUGGCUGGGCUGAGAGAUGGGAAGGAGAUGACCCCCGUGUCCAGCAUCCCAGUAGAAACACACCGGGCCCUUGCCACAUGCCACUCCCUCAUGCAGCUUGAUGACGGCACCCUCGUGGGUGACCCCCUCGAGAAGGCCAUGCUGACCGCUGUGGACUGGACACUGACCAAAGAUGAGAAAGUAUUCCCCAGAAGUAUUAAAACUCAGGGGCUGAAAAUUCACCAGCGCUUUCAUUUUGCCAGUGCCCUGAAGCGGAUGUCUGUGCUUGCCUCGUACGAGAAGCUGGGCUCCACUGACCUCUGCUACAUCGCAGCCGUGAAGGGGGCCCCCGAAACCCUGCACUCCAUGUUCGCCCAGUGCCCGCCCGACUACCACCACAUCCACACUGAGAUCUCCCGGGAAGGAGCCCGCGUCCUGGCACUGGGGUACAAGGAGCUGGGGCACCUCACCCACCAGCAGGCCCGGGAGGUCAAGCGCGAGGCCCUGGAGUGCGGCCUCAAGUUCGUCGGCUUCAUCGUGGUCUCCUGUCCGCUCAAGGCCGACUCCAAAGCCGUGAUCAGGGAGAUCCAGAACGCGUCCCACCGGGUGGUCAUGAUCACAGGAGACAACCCGCUCACUGCCUGCCACGUGGCCCAGGAGCUACACUUCAUUGACAAGGCCCACACGCUGAUCCUGCAGCCUCCCUUGGAGAAAGGCCGACCGUGCGAGUGGCGCUCCAUCGACGGCAGUAUUGUCCUGCCCCUGGCCCAGGGGUCCCCGAAGGCGCUGGCCCUGGAGCACGCGCUGUGCCUCACAGGCGAUGGCCUGGCCCACCUGCAGGCAGCCGACCCCCAGCAGCUGCUCCGCCUCAUCCCCCACGUGCAGGUGUUCGCCCGAGUGGCCCCCACGCAGAAGGAGUUCGUCAUCACCAGCCUGAAGGAGCUGGGCUACGUGACCCUCAUGUGCGGGGACGGCACCAACGACGUGGGCGCCCUGAAGCACGCUGACGUGGGUGUGGCGCUCCUGGCCAAUGCCCCUGAGCGGGUUGUUGAGCGGCGACGGCGGCCCCGGGACAGCCCCACCCCGAACAACAGUGGCAUCAGGGCCACCUCCAGGACAGCCAAGAAGUUGGGGCUCCCACCCCCUGAGGAGCAGCCAGCCUCACAGAAGGUGAGUCUCGAGAGGGCAGCCAUCUGUGCCCCCCUCUUGGCCAGGGCUCACCGCCUCCCACCCCCACAGGACCGUCUGAGCCAGGUGCUUCGUGAUCUUGAGGACGAGAGCACGCCCAUCGUGAAGCUGGGGGACGCCAGCAUUGCCGCGCCCUUUACCUCCAAGCUCUCGUCCAUCCAGUGCAUCUGCCACGUGAUCAAGCAAGGCCGCUGCACACUGGUGACCACACUGCAGAUGUUCAAGAUCCUAGCGCUCAACGCCCUCAUCCUGGCCUACAGCCAGAGCGUCCUCUACCUGGAGGGAGUCAAGUUCAGCGACUUCCAGGCUACCUUGCAGGGGCUGCUGCUGGCCGGCUGCUUCCUCUUCAUCUCCCGUUCCAAGCCCCUCAAGACCCUCUCCCGAGAGCGUCCCCUACCCAACAUCUUCAACCUGUACACAAUCCUCACCGUGAUGUUCCAGUUCUUCGUGCACUUCCUGAGCCUUGUCUACCUGUACAGGGAGGCCCAGGCCCGGAGCUCUGAGAAGCAAGAGCAGUUUGUGGACCUGUACAAGGAGUUUGAGCCAAGCCUGGUCAACAGCACCGUGUAUAUCAUGGCCAUGGCCAUGCAGAUGGCCACCUUUGCCAUCAACUACAAGGGCCCGCCCUUCAUGGAGAGCCUUCCCGAGAACAAGCCCCUGGUGUGGAGCCUUGUGGUGUCACUCCUGGCUAUCGUCGGCCUUCUCCUCGGCUCCUCGCCUGACUUCAACAGCCAGUUUGGCCUCGUGGACAUCCCUGUAGAGUUCAAGCUGGUCAUAGCUCAGGUCCUGCUCCUGGACUUCUGCCUGGCGCUCUUGGCCGACCGUGCCCUACAGUUCUUCCUGGGGACCCCGAAGCUGAAAGUGCCUUCCUGAGACGGCAGUGCUGGCAUCCACUGCUCACCCUGGCUGCUGCCGGGCAGGAACCUGCCAGGGCCCCGGGAGGGAACGCUGCCCGCCCCCCCCACUACGGCAAGGCCAUGCAGCCUUGCCCUUGGAAGACUGAGCUGGGACCCCCACAGCCCUCCAUUGGCCUGGCUGGUAGAACCAGCCCUGGGCCAGCACCUUUGGUAAAUAAAGAAGCAUCUGAGAUUUUAA